AUGUCCGACCCUUUCUCCGACAUGGAGAAGCUAGAGGUCAGCACGACUAUGCCUCCUCGUCCUGCUAUGCCUUUUGGCGAGGAGAAUGUGGAGGUCGAAUCUGAGGUCAAGAUGGAGAAUGUACAGGACAGUUCAUCACUUUUUGAACCGCAGACUUCGGCCAAGCGUCCCAUCAAGGAUGAAGAUACCCCCGAAGCAAAGCGCACGAAGUGCUCCAACAACAACGAGUCUUUCUCAGCUGAAGUUCCUUUUUCGUACUCUGGCGACCCAGUCAGGAUUUAUGCGUAUCCCGAAAAGUACGAUUACGCCAUUCACGAAGUUGUCCCCAAGCUCGAAGUCAACAGCAACUAUCAUCGUUGGGCCGAGCAAAACCUGCCACGCGUGAUUCGCCAAAAGAUCAUUCCGAAGAUCUUACCGUUCGUUGGUGAAGAUGAUGAAAUGAAGAACUACCACACCUUCUUCUCCGCGAAUCAGAAAACUCCCAUGCCGGAGCCCAUGUGGUGCUCAUUGGUGGGCGAUCCUGGUACAGGAAAGUCUACACUCAUGAGCCAUCUUGCGGGUAUCAGGAACUUGGCAAGCAGUGGUAACUCCAGCGAAAGCAUGACACAAUCUCCCAUGGUCUUCUCAUACUCGACCGGACAGGCAAACUUCGAGAUCAAAGUUGUGAUUCGCUAUAAGGGCAGCAUCAAAUCAGUGCUCAGAACCUGCUUCCAGGAUCUCAUUAAGUGGUUCAAACUUUCUGAGGUCGAACGUUCUGAUGACGACAAUGACCUCGUUCGCGAAGCAGCUGAUGCAGCUCAGGAGUAUUUGAACAGACUAUUUCCAGAGAACGAAGAUGUCACAAGCCUACCGGAUAUCGAGGACAUGAUGCAGAAGAAAGGUUUGCUUGCCGGUGGUGAUCCUGAUCCCAUCAUCAGCAAACUCCACACCGAUGUUCUUGGUCGCAUCCACGAACAAGGAUUCGACUGGGAGUCGCGCUCGAAAACAAUGACUGCAGAGAGUCUUCUCGACAUGAGCAACAAGAUCAAGCCGUUCACCGAAAGAGGUGACCUUGCACCAAUUGUGACAUCAAUUCAGAUUGGUGUACAUUCGUCUUUUCUCGCCCAAGGUAUCCAGAUCUCUGAUCUUCCCGGAAUCCGCGACACCAACACCCAUACCAGCCAAGUCGCUUUGGAUGGUUUCGAGAAAUGUCCCAGAACGAUUGUGGUCGGUGACGUUGUGAGAUGCCUUUCCAAACCGGAACUUGCAUACUACUUGAGCAAAGCAGUGCGCGAGAAGGGUGCUGGAAACGUCUGGCUGGUACUUAGAGGAAAGGAGAUAAUUGAAGAAGAGCCCGCGAGAUGCAGCGCAGCUGACAAGAGCAAGCUGAGGCAAAUGAAAGACAGACUGGAGAAGGCUCAGGCCAAGAUCGACAUCUCCUCUAGCGAUGAACAAAUCAAGGAAGUCAAGCGCCUGGAAAAGGAGCUGCUAGACGAAAGACUCGAUGUCCGCGAUCGCAGCACUCGAGAGCAGUUUCAGAAGAAGUAUUUCGACACUCGCAACACUGGCGAUCUGAACGUCGUCAUCAUCUCCAACAUCGACUAUUCAAAGUACGUCAAUGGUCCCGACGAGAACAAUCCGCCCACACUGUCUUACGACCAGACUGGCAUCGAUGAGCUUCGGGCACAGCUAUGCAGUGCUCCCAGUCGGGCCAGGGUCGAGUCGCUACGCCACCACAAUCUGAAGAUACAGCAGAUGCUGAGAAGACUCAGACUUACGUUCAGCGCUGCGCAACUUCCUCGUAGAGAUCGUGUCAUCGCUGUGUUCGAGACUAGUGCGUUUCUUCCAAUGAAGAAGCACCAAAAGGUGUUGACCGCAUCCACAACUCGCCACAAUGUCAAUACCCUGAAGCUUCUACGGAACGAUGCAAUGGUGCAGGAAAUUGAGGCCAAGAUCGAUGGCAAGUGGGCAAAAUACCCAGCAGCCACCAUCUCGUCUUUCUUCAAGAAGAACGGCAAGCACAAGCACAGUAUCAAAAAGAUUACUCAGCAGCCUGAGUUCUGGACAGAGGCCAUCCUGCUCAUUGUGAGCAAGCAUCUCCUUCCUCUCGAACAGGUCUUGUUUGAUGAAGUCGACAAAUGUUCUUCGACUAUCAUCGAGUCUAUGGGUGACACAAUUGCAGACCUCAAGCAUGAGAUCGGACGACUUGAACAGGUUGGAGGUGUCGACAUGGAGGAGAUCUUUGAAAUUUGGGACAAGGAGAAGGAGGCAUUCGAGGAGGAGAUGCUCCGCUUGUGCACCUGGCUCAAGGAAAAGAUCAGACAAAUCUCGACCGCGUCCACAACGGACACUGGUUCCACGAUUCCUGCUUUCGCCGAGAGCACGCAACUCAUCUACCAAGAAGCUAUGACCGAGAUCCCACCAGGCACAUCUCAAGGACCGAAGAAGCGUCUGAAACACCUGAAGAGAAAGCUAUUCGACGUGAGCGGGCCUUUUAGCAAGAUGGGAGAUGACGUUUCCACGCAGCUCAAGAGGAUCUCCGACAAGUGGAUCUCCGCAGUCGAGAGGCGUGUCAAGACCGUCUUCGACAACUGCAAGGAUGCUCUUCUCAACGAGUUCAAGGGAAAGCGCAUGUCCCCGGAGAAGCGCGCAGAGAUUGCUCCAGGCAUUCUCGCCACUGUCGAUGACGCUUUGCAGAGCCUGAAGGCUGACGUCGAAGCAUACAAGAAGGCUAGAGAGACCGGCAGGCAGGCUACCGACACUUGA